AUGUCGACGUGGCAGAUAUUCUCCAAUACCGGAAAUCAUUUUCGCUGGGAGGUUUCCGGUCGUAUCCUACCGUCUAAAACCGACGAUGAUCCGAAUGGCACUCCGGUUCCUCCACUCCCUUCCAUGGCCGAUCUCCUGCUUCAAGGAUGUUCGAAGCUCAUUGAGAACGGUGAUGGAGGAUUCGAGAAAUGUCCGAUGUUUAGAACCGGAUUGGGGAAAUCGGUGGCGUUUAAAGAGUCUUCAAUUGAAAAAGCAUUAUCUAUCCUUGGCGACGACGACGGUGGCACUACCGUUGCUUCAAGCGAAGUGGUUCCCAGAAACAAUGGGGGCGGCUACUGCAACUCUCUUUUUCAAACGGGCUCUGGGAAAAUGGUUAACAUAUCUUCAGCUGGUCUCGUCAGAGCUAAGACAUUGUUGGGACUGGAACAAGAUAAUGAGCAUCACAGUUUUGAAGGUUUUCAACAUUCAAGAAAGUUAACUGCAACGAAUGAAUCUUGUGGGUGGCAAGGAUGUCCUCAUUCAGAGAAGAAAGAAGGUUUUCAAAAUACCGGGGUCGUGGAUGUUACAUCAGAAUCAAGGCACUUGUUAAACUCUUGGAAUGGCUUAGUAGGAAGUACACUAGGCAGUGAAAAUGACUCAACGCCGGUGUGUUCCAAAAUGUUUGAUUCUGUUCCCAAGCCACCUCCAAUCAAGUUUCAUACUGCAGGUGGAAGGUCGUUAUCAGUUUCAAGUGAUGCAUUGAAACGUGCAAGGAGUCUUCUUGGUGACCCAGAGCUAGGAAAUUUCUUUGGUGAAAUGGACGAAGAGGUUCCACCGUUUACAGAUUGUAAGGAGGAGGAAUUUAAUGAUGCUUCAUCAAACAAGGGAAACCAUUUUUUCACGUCAUUUUCCCGUCAAGGAACAAGAAAGAGCAAAGAUACAUCCAAGGAAUUUAUUUCUCCACUGAAAUCAUCUUUCAAGCAAAUGAGCUCCAUAUUCAAUUCAGAAAAUUUAAGUUUUGGUAGUAACCUGAUUGAAAAAUUUGAUGCAGUUGGAAAUUCUGGUGCAUUUGUGUCGGCCUCCAAUAUGCCUUCUGCACAGAAUCCUUUAAGCAAUAUGCCUUCUGAGAAAAAUUUAAUAACUAAAAAUUCUUUGCCAAGCGGUUCUGAUUCGCGGGCUAAUUUGCUUGGAAGGUCAUUUGGUGGGCCAUUGGCUGAUAUUUCAAAUAACAUUGCAACAUCUCAAACAAAUAGCAAACAAAUUAUGACUGAAAAGAAGAGAAUCGGAAGAUCAAGUUUUAUUUCUCCAUUCAAGAGACCCCGCUGUUCCAAAUUCUCUUCUCCAUUGAACAAAGAUGUUUCCUUUGCAGCUAAUGGUUUAUCUACUUCAUCAGAUGACCAUUCAUGUUGCAAAAGAACAGUUUCCACAAAAUAUCCUUUUCAAGUACCAAGAGUAUAUAUGAAGGAAUAUUUUGCGGUGCCUCCAUCAGCCCGCAGCACGUUGGAGUGUUUCUCAGUCCCAGAAAAACAGAUAAAACCAGAAAAUGCUGAUAAGUAUUUGUUUAAAGAAGAAUCUGGCAUAAGUCAAAUUGGGGCAGAAGCUUUUUAUGACAAGUUGGCUCAUUGUGGAGCUUCUACGCAAUACAUUUCGAAAGAGUGGGUCGCAAAUCACUAUAAGUGGAUUGUUUGGAAACUUAUGUGUUAUGAGAGGUGCUAUCCUUCCAAAUGUGCUGGAAAAUUUUUGACUAUAACCAAUAUACUUGAGGAACUAAAGUACAGAUAUGAGAGGGAAGUAAAUCAUGGUCACCGUUCUGCAAUAAAGAGGAUGCUUGAAGGGGAUGCUUCGCCUUCUACUAUGUUGGUACUAUGCAUUUCAGCAAUUCAGUCAAAUUCUGAGCCGGCGAUGGAGACAAAUCUAGUGAAAACAAAUGGAGCUGAUGAUACUGGUAACGUAAAGGUGAAACUAACAGAUGGGUGGUAUUCCAUGAAUGCUGUUUUGGAUGUAUUGCUAUCAAAGCAGCUUGCUGCUGGAAAAUUGUUUGUGGGGCAGAAACUUCGGAUCUGGGGAGCAGGACUGUGUGGCUGGGUUGGGCCAGUUUCACCCCUCGAGGCAUCUAGUGCAAUUAGUUUAGUUUUGAACAUAAAUGCGACAUUUAGAGCUCAUUGGGCUGAUCGACUGGGAUUUUGUAAGGGUGUUGGUACUCCUUUGGCAUUUAGGUGCAUCAAGAGUGAUGGGGGUCCAGUCCCCCGGACUUUAGUUGGAGUCACUCGGAUAUACCCUGUUCUUUACAGGGAAAGGUUGAAUAAUGGGGGAUCAAUUGUCAGAUCCGAGAGGAUGGAGAGUAGAGUGAUGCAACAGCAUAAUCAAAGGUGCUCGGUUGUUGUGGAUCAUGUUAUAUCUGAGUAUCAAAGAGGGAUCAACAGUUGUCAUAUCUAUAAUGACAGUGAGAGUGAAGGAGCGAAAAUCUUAAAAAUUCUUGAGACAGCUGCCGAACCAGAAGUCUUAAUGGCAGAGAUGAGCCCAGAGCAACUAACUUCCUUUGCUGCAUAUAAAUCAAAACUUGAGGCAACCAGGCAGUUAGAGAUGGAGAAAUCAAUCGAGAAAGCUCUAGCACAGGCCGGCUUAAAUGAGCGAGAUGUUAUCCCAUUCACUAGGGUGAGAGUUGUUGGAUUAACUACUAGGAAUUAUAAUGGAAAGAGAAGACCUAAAGAAGGCAUAAUAACCAUUUGGAAUCCAACAGAAAAGCAGAAAACUGAGUUGGUCGAGGGGCAGGCUUAUGUCGUUGCUGGGCUUAUACCAAUGAACUCAGAUUCAGAAACCCUUUAUUUACAAGCCCGAGGAUCCGCCAUCAACUGGCAGCCCUUACCUCCCCUGUCCAUGGAAUGCUUCGAGCCAUUUUUCAGUCCGCGAAAGUCAAUCAAAUUGUCAAAUUUAGGUGAAAUUCCUCUUUCCAGUGAGUUUGACAUUGCUGCAUAUGUUGUGUACGUGGGAGAAGUUUAUACUUCGGCUCAUCAAAAGAAACAGUGGGUGUUUGUGACAGAUGAUUCGAUUUCUGAUUUAGUGUUAGAAGGAUCAUCAGAUUCUUUACUUGCCAUUAGCUUUUGCUCACCAUGCAUUGAUGAGAACACAUUUGCACCAAUCAACUCUAACCUAGUGGGAUCCAUGGUGGGCUUCUGUAACCUUAUCAAGAAAUCAAAGGAUCAAAUGAAUCAUCUCUGGGUUGCUGAAGCAACAGAAAAUUCUGCAUAUUUUUUAAAUUUUAAUCCCUCUGUUUGUUCUCACCUUAAAAAUGCUGGUGCCUCCGUUCAGACAUGGGCAAAGGCCUCUACCUCGAUUAUUGACAAACUUAGGGAGAAGGUUUCAUUUGUUAUUGGUAAUCGUGAAGGCUAGUCUGUGAACGAGCUGAUUUAGACUGACUAGCUGUAACCACCCUUGCAUAUCGAUAUCAUAAAGAUCCUUAUCUAUACCGUUUGACAUCAAGAAUAAGGUAGCUAUCUCGAUUUGUUGUCUCUUGUAGGUCAACUUUAAUAGUGUAAGAUUAGUUUCUUUCUUUCGUUUUUCUGUUAUAGCAUUUCCAGUAAUAUUGAAAACUGAUUUGCAAUUGUUUCCCUGGUGGACGUGUAUCUAUAAAUACUUUUGCUAGCUCUAUUCCAGCAUAAUUUAGUUGACCCGAUCCGGAAAAUAGCAUUAUCAGGCAGGUAGCUUGACUUGAAGUUAUAGCUCGGUUCAAAUAUUUGUUAUUAUAUGCAAACGAUCUAUGGAAACAAUU